AUGGCCUCCGCCCGCCUCGUCGCGCUCGCCGUCUUCCUCCUCCUCCUCUUCGCCCUGGGCCCGGGCGAGGCGCGCGCGGCGGACGACGGCGAGGUGCGCGCGCUGCUGGCGCUGGGGGCCGCGCUGGACCCGACGGGCCGCCUGCUCCCGUCGUGGGCGCCCGGCCGCGACCCCUGCGCGCCGCCGCCGUCGGGGGGGUUCGAGGGCGUCGCGUGCGACGCCCGCGGCGCCGUCGCCAACGUCUCGCUGCAGGGGAAGGGGCUCGCCGGCACGCUCCCGCCCGCCGUCGCGGGCCUCCGCUCCCUGACGGGGCUCUACCUCCACUACAACGCGCUCCGCGGCGGCAUCCCGCGGGAGCUGGCGGCGCUCGCCGCGCUCACCGACCUCUACCUCGACGUCAACAACUUCUCGGGGCCCAUCCCGCCGGAGAUCGGCGCCAUGGCAUCACUGCAAGUGGUGCAGCUCUGCUACAACCAGCUCACCGGGAGCAUCCCCACGCAGCUGGGCAACCUCACCAGGCUCACCGUGCUAGCCCUGCAGUCCAACCGCCUCAACGGCGCCAUCCCGGCCAGCCUCGGCGACCUGCCGCUGCUCGCGCGCCUCGACCUCAGCUUCAACGCCCUCUUCAGCUCCAUCCCCGUCAGGCUCGCGCAGCUGCCCAGCCUCGUCGCGCUCGACGUCAGGAACAACUCGCUCACCGGCAGCGUGCCCGCCGAACUGGCCGCCAAGUUGCAGGCCGGCUUCCAGUACGGGAACAACAGCGACCUGUGCGGCGCCGGGCUGCCCGCGCUCCGCCCGUGCAACCCGGCGGACCUCAUCGACCCCGACAGGCCCCAGCCCUUCAGCGCAGGCAUCGCGCCGCAGGUCACGCCCUCCGGCGGCGGCGGCGGCAACGGGCGCGCGCCAUCGACCAGGGCGCUCGCGGCCGUGGUCGUCGCCGCCGUGGCCCUUCUCGCAGCCACGGGGGUCGGCCUGUUCGCGCUCUCGUAUCGCCGGUGGCGACGGCAGAGUGUCGCGGGGGGCUCGCCGUCGACGAUCUCCGGCGGCCGGUGUAGCACGGAGGCCGCGCCUUCGGCGGCGAAGGCGUCGCCGUCGGCUCGCAAGAGCGCGUCGUCGGCGCUGGCGAGCCUCGAGUACUCCAACGCCUGGGACCCGCUGGCCGACGCGCGCGGCGGGCUGGGCUUCUUCUCGCAGGACGUGCUGGUCCAGAGCCUCCGGAUCAGCACGGAGGAGGUGGAGUCCGCGACGCGCUACUUCUCCGAGCUCAACCUCCUCGGGAGGCGCGGCAAGAAGGCCGGCGGCAUCGCGGCCACGUACAGGGGCACGCUCCGCGACGGCACCUCCGUUGCCGUGAAGCGGCUCGGCAAGACGUGCUGCCGGCAGGAGGAGGCCGACUUCCUGAGGGGGCUGAGGCUGCUCGCGGAGCUCCGGCACGACAAUGUGGUCGCGCUGAGGGGUUCUGCUGCUCCAGGGCGCGCGGGGAGUGCUUCCUCGUCUACGACUUCGUGCCCAACGGCAGCCUGUCGCAGUUCCUCGACGUCGACGCCGACGCAGACAACGCCGGCGGCGGCAGCGGCCGUGUCCUCGAGUGGUCCACGAGGAUCUCCAUCAUCAAGGGCAUCGCCAAAGCACUGUUCAUACUUGUUCACAUACAGUACUACUACUAGUUGUCUUUAUGAUCGGUCGAUUUUGCCUGAAAACACAUGCACAAGGACGAACAAGCCCGCCCUCGUCCACCAGAACAUCUCAGCGGACAAGGUCCUGCUGGACUACACGUACAGGCCCCUCAUCUCCGGGUGCGGCCUGCACAAGCUCCUCGUGGACGACCUCGUCUUCUCGACGCUCAAGGCCAGCGCGGCCAUGGGGUACCUCGCGCCGGAGUACACCACCGUGGGCCGCUUCUCGGAGAAGAGCGACGUCUACGCGUUUGGGGUCAUCGUGCUCCAGGUGCUCACCGGCAAGAGGAAGGUGACGACGACCCAGUUGCCGGACAACGUCGAUGAGCUCGUCGACGGCAACCUGCAGGGGAAUUACUCCGCGGCCGAGGCCGCCAAGCUGGCAAAGAUCGGCUUGGCUUGUACCAGCGAGAACCCGGACCAGAGGCCGACGAUGGUAGAGCUGCUCCAAGAACUGGGCACCAUCUGA